AUGCGGCCAUCAAUGCGCGUUCCUCUGCGAGAGGCCAAGUUCAUCUGCUCUAACUGCAGACCUGUUUCUGGCCCUCGCGUCUCACCCCUCGGUCAAUUCCGCCGCUAUGCCUCCGACUCCCCCGGCGUCCUCGAGCGCACUCGGCGCAAGCUCUGGGGCACCGAUUCGCCUCCCGGUCAAGCAGACCCAUACACAGGAAGUCAGAUCAUGCAAGAAGCUGAAUCGAGUUCGGGCGAGUCCAAGCCAGCCGAUGAGGACUUCAACCUGGCCCAGCCUGAGGAACUAGGCGCCGAGGAGCUCGAUUGGAACGAGCUGCCCCAAAUUGGUUACUUGCCCAAGGAUGAAUGGAGAAUCAAGGGUGCCAACAAGGGCGAUAAGGUCACACCGUGGUACCACAACAAGAACCCGAUUUCACACUCCCAGGCCGUCCACCAGGCCGCUGUCGAGAUUGCUUUGUUCCAGAUUGUUGGCAAGGAGUACUCAGCAACGGAAGAGAGCCUGGACCUGCCUCGUGAACUUCUCCACCAGUGCAAGUUUGAAGGCGAGGCCGCACAAUGGGGCGAGCGACUUCGGUUCCCAAGCGCACAGGCCAUGACCACUUUGCUGCGUCAAGCAUCAGGGGCUGAAGUCGGCUCCGAUUCCCUGAAGUCGAUCCUGACGGCAGUCGAACAGGCCGGUGAUAGCCACCCUGCGGUGUACAAGCAAAGUGCCGAUAACCAGGCAGAGACCACACUCGAUUCUCUCUCUCUCGCCGAAGGAAAGACCAAGUUCACUUUCUUCGCCCGUGUCUCCAAGCUGAUGUCCCAGCGCCUUUCUGACUCCAUCAUCAGCCAGACCACCGUUGGAGCGGUCAAGUCCGCCCACGAGACCCUAGUCAAGAAGACCACUCGCUCGAACCCCGUUAUUCUCCGCGAGGUGAUGAACAAGAUGGGCGUCAGUGAACUGCCCAAUGUCAAAAUCUCCGAUGUCCGUCGAACUCGCCAUGACAACGACGAAGAUCUCGGCCGCAAGAAGGCUAUUGUCUCUGCCCUUUACACUAAUGGUUUGAUUGAGAAGGCCCUGAAGCCCAGGAAGCCCAAGUACAAGUGGAUCAGAGAAAACGAAAAAGCCAAGAGGCUGAACCAGAGCAUUGUUGAGCACUGA